GCAGGAGCUCCGAGCAACUUUCUGGAAAUUCACGACUUCCCUGUGCAGAGACCUUGCGAUAUACUCUUUUCCCCGAGCCUUUCUCCUUUUCACGAUCAUCUUCUUUAUACACGUAAUGUCAGACGAAGGAAUCAGGGCGCCAGCUCGGAAGCUGGACGAGUUCGAGGAGCUCGUCUACGAGUAUACCAGUCGCAUGGGUUUGGGCAAUGAAGAGCACUGGGAUGUCAACGCCCGCGACUGCGACCUCCGCUUCGAGUCCGCAACCCGCGGGCCCCCAGCCAGAGUCUCCUUCCUAUUGAACAUCACCCCGGCUCUCAGUAACUACUUGGGCAAUCUGCACGGCGGAUGUGCAGCCACCCUCAUCGACGUCCUAUCAACCACCAUCCUGCUAGGCGUCUCCGAGCCCGGCAAGUUCUCGCUCGGCGGCGUGAGUCGUAACCUCAAGGUGACGUACUUGCGUCCCGUACCAACAGGAACAGAGGCGCGUAUUGUAUGUGAAAUCAUCCACGUCGGUAAGCGGCUUGCGCUGCUAAGGGCGGAGAUUCAAAAGGCGGAUAACGGCGAUGUGUGUGUGGUUGGAGAACAUGAGAAGGCCAAUACGGAUCCUGAGGUGAACCAGAGGAUCUAGGUGCGGGGAGAUAUCUGUUGGUAGAGACUAAAUAGAUGCUAGCAGCAAGAGGGCAUUGCUUAAGUGAUAAGGAGGGUGUACACUGCGCUUAUCAACUACACUUGUAUAUAGAGAUCACGCCCGGUCUGUGCCGCGUGUCAAGGAUGGUCCCAACUUAACUUCCAUGUACAU